AUGCUUUCUCGUACUACAUUCAGAAUCGCUAGACAACAAACUAGAUUAUUAUCCACUUCCAGAGUCUUAUUAGCCGCUAAAACUGCCCCAGAAACUGCCGUCAAAUCAGCCAAAGAUUUAUCCGAAGUCACUGGUGCUGCCUCAUUAAUUGGUCCUGGUGCCAAAGAAGGUACCAUCCCAACCGAUUACGAACAAGCUACUGGUUUACAAAGAUUGGAACUUUUAGGUAAAAGAGAAGGUGUUGAUGUUUUCGACAUGGAAAUGCCAAUCAGUGAAGGUAAAGGUACAAUGCAGGAUCCUUACUUAGUCCCAACCUACAUUGGUUACAGAUAUGUUGGUUGUAAAGGUACUCCAGAACAAGACCACAAACCAUACUGGAUGAAAGUCGAAGAAGGUAAAGUCUCUAGAUGCUGGCAAUGUGGUACUGUCUUGAAGGCCAAAUACUUGGGUGAACCAGGAAUGGCUCAUCAUUAG